CUUCUUCAAAACGUGGUCACCUGUGUUUCAAAUAUCAGCAAUGUAUAAAUAUGUGUAGUUUUUUGUGGGUAUGUAAAAAAGCAAAAAAUCAAAUUCCAUAAAUAUAAAAAAAAACACAACUAUUUGAAAAUUGAAAUUAGUGAUAAAAUUAUAUCGCUUACCUGUCUACAAAGGAUAUCGUACACGAAACACAUAAAUUCUAUUUAGAAAUUGAAUAUUAUUAAGGAAUUUAAAGGAUAUUUUGUUAAUUAUGGAUAAUUUUUUAAGAUUUUAAAUUUGACAGCCGCUGAUCGUUUUUUUUUUUUUUGACAAUUGACAAACGAUUAAUGAAGAAUUGCGACGUUGCCGUUGCCAAUUGCUUUUUAUCUUUCUUUAAUGAACACGAUUGAAAAAAGACAAAAGACAUCAGCAGAGAGAUCCGGUCAAUCAAAUCAACGUUGUGCUUUUUUUGGCGGCAAUUUAAAGUUUAUAGGUUAGAAAUAUAAACAAAUAAACAUAAUUUAUAAUGUAUGCUGAAAAAGCUUGCAAUUUGAUAAAAGAAUUAUCCAGAUGCGAAGAAAACUUACCACCAUACAACAAUGAUUUGGUUAAAGAAGUUUGCUCCGAAAUCAAGCAGCUGCACGACCAAAACAGAAUCGAUGGGGCAAUUGUAGCUAACGAAAGUGGUAUAGCAAAUCACAACAGUGUCCAGUACCCUACGUUACGUGUAGGAGUAGCAGCAACCAAAAGAAAUGUCCGCUGUUUACUAGCCUACCAUUAUAACCGCCUGAGAACUUUACGUACAAUGAGAUGGGAGUUUGGUAGCGUCCUGCCAGCAGAAAUUAAAACCAAUUUGAGCCCAUUGGAAACAGAAUGGUUCUCAAAAUAUUCAAGCAGUUUGGCUAACUAUAUGAUGUCUAUUGGCGAAGACGGUUUGAAUUUGGGGCUCAAUUUGAGACCACCAAAAGCCCUCUACAUUGAAGUUAGAUGCUUGGUGGACUAUGGUAAAUACGAAUUGUCUGAUGGUACUGUUAUUUUAUUGAAGAAGGAUAGCAGGCACUAUUUACCAAGGAGCGAGUGUGAGGAAUUGAUAACUCAAGGCAUAUUUCAACAUAUUGUUUAAUACAUUAAUUUUUUAAUCUUUCUGCAUUUUUCAGUACCUUAUUUAAUCUUUUUCCUAUUAAUUUUGGAUAAGAAUUAUUUUUAAUUAAAAAUUCUUUGCUUUGGUGGGAUACUGCACCAUUUUCCAACUGAAAUUGGCACAUCAUUUUUAAUGGUUCCAAUAAUUUCUCAUUAAAUGACUGGUUUUCUUCUAGAAGUGCUAAACAUUGGGCCCCAGUUUCCAAAGUACUUAAACAUCCAUCUGCAGGCUGGGUCCUUAUAAUAUAAUUACUUGUACAAGUAUUUAAUAGUUUAAUUUGUUUUAUCUUGUGCAAAAUUGGGCUGCUAGUGUAAAUGGCUUUAGCUUGAGGCCAAGUCCCAUCAAUUAUAACAAUAUUAUAAUUCUUGUUAGGUGUUAUAUGGCUUAUAUCAACAGCCUGCGGACUAGGAAAAAGCAGUAAGGUAUUAGAAGCUUCUAAAACAUUAAUUAGAUCGUCGUGAAGGCCAGGAAAUCGUUUUCCUUUAUAAACAAGGCACUUUCCUUCAGCGAGCCCCAACUGAAGCAUGGGGGCUGUUCUAAGGCACCUUUUCUCUUCGGCGGGGUGUUGCAGGAGGAUUAUUCGGCUUUUGGGGCUCAGGGGCGGAUUGGGA